UUUUUUAAGGGAGAACCCUCACGCGUGACCCAAUCUUAUUCUUCUUCUUCUUCACCCUUCAGCCGCCCGCCGCCCCUACCUCUCUUCUCUCCACCGAGCUCCCCGCCGCGCCGUACUCUGUCCACGAAUCCCAUCACCGUCAAGUUCCUCGUCCGACCGUCCGCCCAAGCCCAGUCGCCGCCGUCUCGUUCCCGUUCGCGUGAAGGUUGUUUCGCCGCCCGCCUCAUCCUCAUUUUCGUCUUCCGUUCAGUUCCGCCGCCGCAGCCCUGAACCGUCGCCGUCCAUCCCUCUGUCGCAUUCCCAUAGCCGAGCCGACGCGUCUCGGGUGGUCGACGCGCCGUUGAGCAAGUUUCCGCCGGCCAGAUCUGUCUCCGUUCGCGAAGCCCGGCUGCAGCGUUCUUCGUCCACCGUCCACGAAAGCUACCCAAGUCCAGCCGGUUUCGUCUCGCGCUGUCUCUGCACUUUUUGCCUCGCUGUGAAUCUUUGGUAAGAGUAAAGCGGAUUAUACAACGAGUUUGGUUGGAGUUCGAUUCUCCUUUUUGCUGGGAUUCAUUGGACUUCAAUUUAAGUAAGGAUUUAGCUAUCUCUAGGUAAGGAAUUUCCUACUACGAGACUCAAUCGAGGUAGAUGUCUGGUUGAUAACCCAUAAAUGGAGAUAAAGACUUGCGGGAAGCCAAUUGAUUCUUUGCUGGAGAAGGUUCUAUGUAUGAAUAUUCUGUCUUCUGAUUACUUUAAGGAGCUAUAUCGUUUGAAAACAUACCAUGAAGUCGUUGAUGAGAUUUAUAACCAAGUUGAUCACGUGGAGCCAUGGAUGACUGGUAACUGCCGUGGCCCUUCAACAGCAUUCUGCCUUCUGUACAAGUUUUUCACCAUGAAGCUGACUGUUAAGCAAAUGCAUGGGCUGUUAAAGCAUGAGGAUUCUCCUUACAUCAGAGCGAUUGGAUUUCUCUACUUAAGAUAUGUUGCAGAUCCAAAGACUCUCUGGAAUUGGUUUGAACCGUAUGUUAAAGAUGAUGAGGAAUUUUCACCCGGAUCCCAUGGACGGAUGACUACAAUGGGUGUUUAUGUGCGUGAUUUGCUCCUUGGACAGUAUUACUUUGACACCCUUUUCCCACGUAUUCCGGUUCCUGUCUUGCGGCAAGUUGUAUCUAAUCUCGAAAAGUUGAAGCUUCCAAGCAAGCACUCGGGCGUGACAGGGGAAACACAUCGAAUAGGGUCUGAAGACACUGCACGGCGGCCCCCUUCUGUUAAAGCUUCACUUUCAGUUUCCUUUGGACAACGAGCUCCACAUCGUGCCUCAACUAGGGAUUCAUCUCCUGUUCGUCGUACGCUGCCAUCAUCUGUAAAUGAUAGAGAUAUCAACGACGAUCUACGAAGAUCUCCAAGCAAUCGCCGUAGUCAAAGUCGUGAACAUCCAGAUAGUAGGGAGAGGAGCAGGGAUAGAGAAUAUGACAGGGAGAGGAGCAGGGAUAGAGAAUACGACAGGGAGAGGAGCAGGGAUAGAGAUUACGACAGGGAGAGGAGCAGGGAUAGAGAUUACGACAGGGAGAGGAGCAGGGAUAGAGAUUACGACAGGGAGAGGAGCAGGGAUAGAGAUUACGACAGGGAGAGGAGCAGGGAUAGAGAUUAUGACAGGGACAGAGAUAGAGGAAGGGAUAGGGACCGAGAUCGGGAACUUGAUCGGGACAGAGAGAAGUAUAGAGAUCGGGAAAGGGACCGAGACAGAGAAAGAGAGAAAGCCAGGGAUAGGGAAAGGGACAGAGAGCGGGACAGAGAACGAAGUUAUGAUUAUGAUCGAAGGACUCAUUACAGUGACAGAGAGAGUAGAAGGGACUUUGAAAGGAGUAGCCGUGAUGGUGGCACCAGGCAUUAUCGAAGGAGUCGUAGCCGAAGUAGGAGCCGCAGCAGAGGUCGAAGUCUACAAACACAUCACGAGAGAGAGCAAAGUCCUGCAAGGGGCGGAACUACGGAGAAGGCAUCUGUGAUAUCGAGCAAUCUGGCAAAACUAAAAGAUAUAUAUGGUGAUGUGAGCGAGCAGAAAGGGGAUUCGAGCAAAAUUAAUAGAAGAGAUAGUAGUGGUGAAGAAGUGAUUAGAUUGGGUGGUUCCUGGAAAUAGUGAAUGAUGAAUGGUCUCAAAUACAAGGAACCUCCACUCCACUGUAUUCAAUCACAUGUUAUCUUCACUUAGAAAACAGAUCUUAGUCUUUUAUUGGAAAAGGGAAGAAAAAUCAAUGUAUUUGCCACUUUGAGUUUAUAGUAUUUAUUCAUCAUCUCACCUCUCCCGAUCAAAUCUAUUUUAUCUUAUCAGUUGAAUGCCUUGAAGACUUCAGGCAAAAUGUAAUUCAUGCAACCAUUGUGGCUGUGUAUUAGGUUAAGUUUGACUUCAUUACUGCUUCUGUGUGGACAAUAAUUUCUAUUCUCUCAAAAGAAUCAUAUACUUUCAUCUGUAAAUUAUAAAUUAUUUUGCAUUCUUUGUUUAAA